AUGGGCUCCUACAUCUGCGCGGUCCUCGAGCAUCGCGGCGUUGGCAGAGAGGUCGGGAUUGCCGCCAUGGAAAAGGACACGGGCCGCUGCAUCCUCACCCAGUUCGCCGACACCCAGACCUACGUCAAGGCCAUCCACCACCUUUCGCUGCACCCGCCCUCGGCCAUCCUCGUCCCAGAGAGCGCCGUGCGGACGCCGCUGAGAAAGGGCUCCAAGGCGACCCGCAGCGCCGAUCCCGUUCGAGCUGCUGACCCUGUCGCCACGGAGGAGUCGGUGCUCGUCAAGUGCCUCGAGGACAUUUUCGAGCUCAGCGUGACGCCGCUGCCACGCAGGCACUGGAACCACGAAGAAGGUGCCCGAUAUCUCGACAAGCUGCUCGUCGACGACACCGGACAGGGCUUCGUGUCGCCACCCGGCUCAGUGGCCAGAGAUUCCGGCACCGGAGUGGGAGCGAGCAGGAGCAACCUGUCCUCCGAGAUCAACGCCGCCGCAACGACCAGGGCCGCCGUCCUCGAAGCCAUCUCCACGCGGUACUACGGCCUCUCGGCGGCCUGCGCGCUGUUCGAGUACAUCGAGUCGGUCACGAACCGGGUCUUCAGCCCCCGCUCCCUUCGCAUCCAGUACGUCGUGCCCGACGGCACCGUCCUGAUCAGCAGCAACACUGCGCGCGAUCUUGAGCUGGUCAACAACCUCAUCGACCGCCAGUCCAAGCUCUGCCUAUAUGACAAGGACACGAUUGAGGCGAGGUACGACGCCGUGGAAGAGUGUACACAGUCAGAGGAGAGGUUCUACGCCAUCAAGGAGAGCAUGCGGCCGCUCAAGGAAGCCAGAGUCGAUCUGGACAAGGUCAUCCACCAGCUCGUGGCGACCGAGAAGAAGACGCUCUUCCCCAAGCGGACAGAGACCAAGAUCGCCCAGAUGCUGAGCCUGCGGACGCUCAUCCGCACGCUCCGACCGGCACGGGCCGCCCUGGAAGGCAGCAGCAGCAACCUGCUGGUCACCAUCGCCGAGUUUCUAGCCUCGGACCAUCUCGACGCCGUCGAACAGGCCAUCGAUGCGACAAUCAAUGAGCAGAUUGUGCAUUCCAAGGGAGGCCUCGGAUCGCGCAACGCCAGGGUCGCGGAAAGGAGUCCCCUGCUCGAUGUCGCGCGGGAGACGUAUCGAGAGAACAUGAACGACAUCACGGAGCUGAGCGAAAAGUACCGACAGGAGUACAACCUUCCGCUGAGCAUCAAGAUGUUUGCCGAAGGCUUCUGCCUCGAGACACGGUUGGACUCGAGCCGCAUCCGGCACCUACCCAGCAUCUUCACCAACGUCGUCAAGGGUAAGACGGGACGUACGGUGACAAUGCUGACCCUGGACCUGAAAAAGCUCAACGCUCGCUUGAUGGACUCGCUCAACGAGGUGUACUUGAUGUCGGAGCGAGCGAUCGAGGAGCUGCGGAUUGAGAUCGUGUCCAACGUCGCCGGCCUCUACAAGGCAAGCCAUGUUUCCGAAGCGCUCGCGCUGCUUGACAUGGUGGCCGGCUUCGCCCAUGUCGCCGCCGCGCAGAACUACCAGCGUCCCGAGAUCACGGGCACCUUGGCGCUCCAGAGCGCGCGUCACCCGAUCCUGGACAGGGUCAAACAGCGCAAGGAGCUGGUGCCGAACGACGUCUUCAUCCCGGAAGAGGGAGGCUUCUGCCUCGUCACCGGACCCAACAUGAGCGGCAAGAGCACGUACCUGCGACAGAUCGCGCUCCUCGUGGUGAUGGCGAUGAUCGGCAGCUUCGUGCCGGCACAGUACGCGAGCUUCUUUGUCCCGGACGCCAUCUUGAGCCGCCUCUCGAACAACGAGGACACCGAGCAGAACCUGAGCACUUUUGCCAACGAGAUGCGCGCGACGGCGUUUGCCCUCUCGCUCGCGUCGCCUCGAAGCCUGGUCAUCCUCGACGAGCUGGGACGCGGCACGUCGCCCGACGAGGGCAUCGCCAUCGCCCAGGCCGUCAGCGAGGAGCUGAUCCGCCGCAGGUCGUUUGCCUACCUCGCCACCCACUUCCUCGAGCUGACCUCGACGCUGAGCCCACAUCCCGGCGUCAGCAUGGUCCACUUCCGCGUCACGCUGGGCCCGAGCGUGGCCGAGCCCUCGGAGCCGUUCAAGAUGGUCUUCCACCACAAGCUCCAGCUGGGAUACUGCGAGGAGGAGCACUAUGGCCUGGAGCUGGCCAAGCUGGCCAACCUUCCCCCGGGCAUGCUCGAAAGAGCAUACGAGAUGGCUCGAAGCAUCGAGCUGCGAAGAAAGCAGGCCGAAGGACACCUCAUGCAGCAGAACCUGGCGACCAGGAGGCGGCUCGUGCACGAGCUGAUUGCGCACCUGCGGCACAUUGCCAGCUCCCGCGACGAGGCGAGCGAAGCGGAGCUGGGUGCCUACCUCGCCGACCUCCAGCACGAGUUUGUGGACCAGAUCGCCUCGACAUUUUCCGAGCAGUCGGCGAGCGAGGGGACCCACCCUGGCAGUAGCUCAUCGUCGGCUGGCCAGCGAGCAGGCCUGGAUGCGGCCAUGGAGGAGGAGGGCGAGCUGGAUGUCGGGGGCCUGUAG